GGGCGCGCGCCCGUCCGCCCCUUAGUAGGUUCGCGCGCCGCGUCGCUUCCUUCCUCCGUCGCUUGUUCUAGCUUCCGUGAGGACGACGCUCCGCAGACUCGGCGCCCGCCGGAUCUAUACCCUGCUUCCCUGCGAUCGACGUGGUGAAGAUGGCCUCAGGAGUGCAAGUUGCUGAUGAAGUAUGUCGCAUUUUUUAUGACAUGAAAGUUCGGAAGUGCUCUACCCCAGAAGAAAUCAAGAAAAGAAAGAAGGCUGUCAUUUUUUGUCUCAGUGCAGACAAGAAGUGCAUCAUUGUAGAAGAAGGCAAAGAGAUCUUGGUUGGAGAUGUAGGGGUGACCAUAACCGAUCCUUUCAAGCAUUUCGUGGGAAUGCUUCCUGAAAAAGAUUGUCGCUAUGCUUUGUAUGAUGCAAGCUUUGAAACCAAGGAAUCCAGAAAAGAGGAGUUGAUGUUUUUUUUGUGGGCACCAGAACUAGCACCUCUGAAAAGUAAAAUGAUCUACGCGAGCUCCAAGGAUGCAAUCAAAAAGAAAUUUCAAGGCAUAAAACACGAGUGUCAAGCAAAUGGGCCAGAAGACCUCAAUCGGGCUUGCAUUGCUGAAAAGCUAGGUGGAUCCUUAAUUGUAGCUUUUGAAGGAUGCCCCGUGUAGAUCGUCAUUCAGUGCCACAAAUCAAAAGCUUCCGUGUUUAAUGUUAUCCUCUUGCUAUAUAAGUAAAGCAAAUAUACUUAGGCCAGGGUCUCACUGAAGGGGAGCUGUCUUGUCAUCUUCUAGAAGAAACUAAAUAUUUUAUAAACAUGUGCAAAUGGCCCUAAAUAAAUCUAAAGUCUAAAGUAUGUUAUCGGUGUGAAAUUAAAUUCUUAUUGGCCAAAUGCCUGUUUUGAUGAGUUGGCUUGUAAAGAUUACUGUUACGCUUAGGAUUUUUAAUGGUGCAGUUCAUUAAACAAUACAAGGCUGUAUGAAGAGAAUUAUUCUGUCUUUAACCUUGGCAGUUCCUUUUGUCUAUUUGGCUUGGAGAAUUGGUCAUAAUUUGAUUAUAAUAUUGACCCAAAUGCUUUAUAUUCUUCCUUGAGCUUAACUAAUGGGAAAGAAUUCUCUUCACCACGUUUAAUGAUACUAAUACAAUAACUACAGUAAGAUUGAGUCAGGCAGUCUUCAUUUCUACCCAGUGUGUAAUGGAGACUGCCCCAAAAUUGCCUACACUCACAGUAAACGCUGAUAUUGCCGAGCACUAUUUUGAGCACAUAGUGGGAAUCCAGGAAGCAGCUCCCUGUGCCUGAGCUCCCCAUGCGCUAGCUGGGAGACUGAUAGCGUGACCUUGCAUCUUGGAAAUCAUGGUAUGUCCUCAGGAAGAUGUACAAUAUCUGGAACAGUUAAUUGGCUUCUCGUGCAAAUUAGGGCUCCAUUGUAACAUCCUUGGUUAUUGUGAACAGCAUGACGACAGGUCAAGACACCUGUGAGAGGCAUUAACUGUGCCUCCUCCAGAACUUUGCUGCUACUGGUACAAUCAGGUGUGGGGGAACAUGAACUAAAGGUUUACUUUGGAGCCUCAGUGAACUCAGUUUCCUAGAGCAGUUUGUUGACUGUGUGUGAAAUGGGGAGCACGUGUGAUGUUUCACUCACAUGAAGCAACUACCAGAUGACGCUUUGAGGUGGAUUUUCUUUAACAUCACAGGCGUAACACUGAACAAUAAAGAGAUGCACAAACAGUUGAAUUUAGAAGUAGCAGUUAUUGGCUUUAUGUAAUAAAGGAAGCAUUUUUAAUUUA